CCCCUAUCCCUCAGCAGCUAUAAAACACGUGAAGCUCUCACCAGCCCAGUUCACAAUCACUUCAAGACUGCAAACGUUAACAUGGGCACAGAAUCAGAAAAUAAAUCAGUUCUUAAAGAUGGCUUUUUGGUGAAAAGGGGUCACGUGGUUCACAACUGGAAAGUGCGAUGGUUUGUACUUAAACAGGACAGACUUAUGUAUUAUAAAUACGAGGGAGGAAAACGCGAUUCACGCCAUCGAGGGACGAUACCACUAAACAACUGCACCAUCACCUGUCCUUACCUGGAGUAUGAGAACCGACCAUUGGUGCUUAGGUUGCAGACCAGCACCUCUGAAGAACACUUCUUGGAGGCGUGCACAAGGGAGGAGCGAGACGAAUGGGCUGCAGCAAUUGGUAAAGCUGUACAGAAACUCAACCCACAAGAUACACAGACCCCAUCCCAAACACAAGAUAAAGGUUCAAAGUCCCUCCAACUUCACAAUGUCAAUCUAAGUCAGGUGGUCGACUCCAUGUACGAUGUGCACACUGGUAUUCGACUCGGCAAUCUUGUUGAGCAGGGCAGCAUAUACACCAACUGUUUCUCUGGCUCAGCAGUGGUGGAUUGGAUUGUGUUUAAUAAGCUGGCUCUGACCCGCGUGGAGGCGGUAACAUUAUCUUCUGCACUCCUGGAUGAAGGCUCUCUGCGGCCUGUCGGAGUGAGAAGUGCAGAUGCUCUACGUAACGCUGCUUUAGGAGAGCAGUUUCUUGAUGAUUCAACAGCACUAUAUUGCUUUUCUCAAAGCUUACAGAAGAAAGGUAGUGUGAAAGCAGAAAAGACUGUGUCUGCGGUGGAGCUGAGUGGCAAGGUGGUAAAGAGAGGUUACUUGCUCAAACAGGGGCACAAGGUGAAGAACUGGAAGGUGAGAUUGUUUGUGCUGAGAGCGGAGCCUGCCUUUCUGCACUACUAUGACCCCAGCAAGGAUGACAUAACCCCAGUUGGCAGUAUAGCUUUGCGUGGCUGUCUGGUGUCGGCUUUGGAUGAUAAUGGCAUACCAUCAGGUGUUAAAGGUAAAGUACAAGGAAACCUCUUUAAGAUCAUCACUCAGGCGGAUACACACUAUUACAUCCAGGCUCCAACAGAUGAGGAGAGAAUGGACUGGAUUAAAGCUAUUAGACAAGUGGUUUAAUUGUCUCUACACUGAAAAUCCAAAGUCAACAAAUUUUAUAUUUAUCUGAUGGUUUACAAACAAAUCUGUUUUUUAUAUGGGACUUUGUCAGUGAAAACCCGCCUAAAGUCAUUUUUUGGUGAUUUACUGUUUUCUACAUAAACUCAACCUACAUUGUGUAAAAAACAUUCUGUGACAAUAUAACCUUAUUAUUUUUAAUAUUGACUAAGUAAGGUCAUGUCAAAAAUGGAAAUCAAUGUGAAAC